GUUGUUUUGGUAGGUUCAGGUUUGCUGGUUGCAGCUCAAGAUGCUACAGAAGAUGAGGAAGGUGUGGAAGAUACUGUAGUUGAAGAUGAAGAUGAUGAAGCUGAAGUUGAAGAAGAUGAGCCAACAGACUUGACAGAAGAAAAAGAGGAAGAAGACUUGUCAGGAGAACCUAAAGCCUCACCUAGUGCUGAUACCACCAUCUUAUUUGUGAAAGGUGAAGACUUUCCAGCGAACAACAUUGUAAAAUUUCUGGUGGGCUUCACCAAUAAGGGUACAGAAGAUUUCAUUGUGGAGUCUCUCGAUGCUUCUUUCCGGUAUCCUCAAGACUACCAGUUUUAUAUCCAGAACUUCACAGCUCUCCCUCUGAAUACAGUAGUCCCACCACAGAGACAAGCCACGUUUGAGUACUCUUUCAUCCCUGCUGAGCCUAUGGGUGGUCGUCCUUUCGGACUAGUUAUCAAUCUCAACUACAGAGAUGUAAACGGCAAUGUGUUUCAAGAUGCUGUCUUCAAUCAAACUGUUACGAUUAUUGAAAAAGAAGAUGGGCUGGAUGGAGAAACGAUCUUCAUGUACAUGUUCCUUGCUGGACUUGGUCUGCUUGUCAUUGUUGGCCUACAUCAGCUACUAGAAUCCAGGAAGAGGAAAAGACCGGUACAGAAAGUAGAGAUGGGAACAUCAAAUCAGAAUGAUGUUGAUAUGAGCUGGAUUCCCCAAGAAACUUUAAAUCAAAUCAUGCAGAGUAGAAGAGAUAAAGCUUCACCGAGGAGGCAGCCCUACAAGAGGGCACAGAAGAGAGCAGUGGGCUCUGAUGAGUAAAUGUUCCCUAGUGCAACAGUUGAACCUUUACUAAUCCUGCCUGUUUGGGGUUUUUUGGAUUGGAGUAGUGCAGAGAAUCCAUAUCACCAUAAGGAAAAUACUGUAUACAUUUGGACUGAACAGAUUAACUGAAUGGUGUUAAUAUUACUGAAAAUGCACUUCUCUCUUUUUUUGUUAAUUGUUGGGCAGGGGGGUGGGGGGAGGUAGCCAUUAAGAUUUGUGCCUGCGUGUGUAAGCAGUUGGUCUUAACAGAACCAUGUUACCUGAAAUGUGCCUUUAGAGUUCUCUGUAAUACUGGCUUGUCAUCUGUGCAUUGUCUUUAAACAUUUUUCUCCUCCCCCU